GCUACCGGAAGUGAGCUAUGUUUAACAAUCCGGCCUUCGACAAACCAUUUAGCACACACGCUAACAACAGUUAGAAGUCCUACAUUAUUUAAAACUGCUGUGGGGUAACGCCAAAUAACAAACAUGAUAAAAGCUAUAUUGAUUUUUAACAACCAUGGGAAACCGCGGCUGAUUAGAUUCUAUCAAUAUUUUUCAGAGGAUAUGCAGCAGCAGAUAAUUCGGGAGACUUUCCAUUUGGUAUCGAAGAGAGACGACAAUGUUUGUAACUUCUUGGAGGGUGGAAGUCUCAUUGGGGGCUCAGACUACAAGUUGAUUUACCGGCACUAUGCUACUCUCUACUUUGUCUUCUGUGUGGACUCAUCUGAGAGUGAGCUUGGCAUACUAGACCUGAUUCAGGUAUUUGUGGAAACGCUGGAUAAAUGCUUUGAAAAUGUUUGUGAACUGGACCUAAUAUUCCACAUGGAUAAGGUCCAUUAUAUCCUGCAGGAGGUGGUGAUGGGAGGCAUGGUGCUGGAGACCAACAUGAAUGAGAUCGUUGCACAAGUAGAGGUGCAGAACCGCAUGGAAAAGUCAGAGGGUGGUCUGUCAGCGGCCCCUGCUCGCGCCGUCUCCGCCGUGAAGAACAUGAACCUGCCCGAGAUCCCCCGGAACAUCAACAUCGGAGACAUCAACAUCAAAGUGCCAAGCCUCUCCCCUUUCUGAGGAGCUUUCCAGCCGAGCUCUGCCAGAGAACUGUACUACUGAUGCAGCUCUCCCCUACUACUUAGCUCUCUGGUUAAAAUAGGCAACACACUUUUUUAUUAUUAUUUUGAAGAACUGCUGCGGCUCACUUCCCUUUCGUUCCAGUUUAGUUACAUUUAAAGGAGAGGAGCUGUGAACUGUAUUUGAGUCCUGCACUUGCAGAUUAACCUAAUUAAAAUAUUUGCACAUUUGAAAAGUUUGAUUCUACAAAACAUAAAAAAUGAUUUCUGUCUUCGUUUUCUGCUGCUCGAGUCUUUUCAUUUCUGCAGUUAAUGACUUAUUCUUUUCAAAAUAAAUUCAUUCUUUUAGCCCAGUGUGUAUUUUCCCAGACUGUACUUCUAACCUUCUGUUGUUUUAUUAGUAAUUCUGAGCAAGCCGAGCCAGUCCAUGUGUAAUAUGAUACUUUGACUUCUGUGCUUGUCUAUAAUAAUUUAAACACGCUUGGUUUUUGUCAUGAGGUGGUUUUCCUCUGUAAUUUAUUACGUCUCUGUCGUCCUCAUGUUGCUCUGGUGGGGGUUGGAUUGUGUUCGGUCCUGAUGAUGUAAAUGCUGAUUGGUUCCAGCCAACGUUCAGUGUGCCGUCAGACAAUCUUGACAACAUCCUUUUAGUGAGACUAGAGCAUAUUUAAUGUUUCUGUAAAUGUUGUGUCUGGUUGAUUUUAGCUGUCAGAUAUUCUUAAACUCUGUCGGAAGAGUUUCAUCAUGAGAUCUUGUGAACUAUGGUGCAAAGUAGACAUGCCUCUAUGUCAAACACAUUCCUUUGCCAAGGUAAAUAAACAUGUAUAACUAUU